CAAAUUCAGCCCACGACGGAAAACUUAAUUGAGAAACAACGAGUGUUCGCUUCUCCCCGAAGAUUUGAUUUUCUACUCUCUCAAUUUCCAUCGGAACACAAAUGGCGGACUGGUCCCAACUCCCACCGGAACUACUCGACCAAAUCGCCAAGUCCCUCCAGGCCCCCUUCGAUCUUCUACGUUUCCGAUCGGUGUGCUCUGCGUGGAGAUACAGCGUGACCUCCGAGCCCCGUCGCUUAUCGCUAGAUUACAUAAUCCUCCCGAACGACGGUAUGUCCGAUACCACUUUUGGUUUCCAUCUCUCCAAGCGCUCUAUACUACUACUCCUUCAAUCCACGCCACUCUGCAAUCAAGAAGACCCGAUCCCUUGUCCCGCUUGGGUAAUCAAAAUCGAAGAAGACGUACCCAAUAGAAAGAGCUUGUUGAAUCCAUUAUCGAGACAUCGUUAUAGUCCUCUACCAAGUUAUUUCCCUCGGGUCUUGGAUUUGUCGGGUAUACGGGUAUGCGAAUUGGGCCAAGAGUACGUGCUCCAUUACAUGAAUUAUAAACAUGUGAUUGGUGAUGGUAAUCUGUACAUGGAGAAGGUCGCGUUGAAAUGGGUUAAUAUUGAAAGUCAUGGAGAUUUUGUGUUGCUUACGAUUCACGUCUCGGGGAAGCUGGCGCUGUUCAUGUCGGGAAACAAGAGUUGGACGACAAUCAAUGACAUGUCGUCUCUUUAUGAUGAUGUCAUUUUGUUCAAAGGGGAGUUCUUGGCCGUCGACAAUACUGGAAGAACUGUGAAUGUGGAGGUUUCUGGAUCGCCACCGGAGCUGAGUUUGGUGGCGAACCCCGUGUUUGGAGGAGACAAGAAAUACUUGGUGGAGUCAGAUGGGCAAUUGUUGAUGGUAGAUAUGUAUCUGAGUAUGGAUGCCACGGAGGGUGGUCCUCUGGGCUUCGGUGAGGAGUUCUUGGAGCAUUUGGCUGUUUAUAUGAGCGAGAAGACUGUUAGGUUUAAGGUCUAUAAGUUAGAUGAGGAGAUGCAGAUGUGGGUGGUGAUGAUGAAUUUAGGGAAUAAAGUGCUGUUCUUGGGUGACCAUUCUACUUUUGCAGCAUCGGCUUCUGAUCUUUCCCUGCCGAAUGGAAAUUGCAUUUUCUUUGUAGAUAACUUUUUCUAUGUAAGCCGCGACUAUUGUGGUGGGGACGAAGAUGGAGAAAUGGGUGGUGGUCGAGAUAUUGGUGUUUUUCACUUGGAGAGUAGUUGCAUUGGACCCUUAGGAAACUAUCCUCAAUAUUCCAAGCUUUUCUGGCCUCCCCCACGUUGGGUUUUCUCUUGAGGACAGGGGAAUUUCAGAUGGUACAAACUUAUUUUCUUAUGAAACUUUUGGGCGAGUGAAAGAUGUUAAAUUGAAAUAAAAGCAUGUAGAGGCUCUGAGUGUCCCAGACAGUUUCUAGUCUCUACAUAGAGACAAACUAAGCUUGGAGAGUCACUCUGCUGUCUUGCUUUGUGAUUCACAAUACCAUUAAUGGAAUGAACCAUUAAUGGGAUCCCAUCCUUCCUUGCUCUGCAAGAGCAUUAAAAAAAAACUCUUGACACUCAAAAAAUCCGUUGGAGAGGCCCAUUCACAUCUCUUACAGCCGACGCAGUCCUCUGUUCUUGGAGCAGAAGCAAUUUGCUUAGCUUUACAUCCGUCCCAAGGUAUCAUUUCUAAUACAUCCGUGGGGCAGGCUCGGACGCAUUGGGUACACCCUAUACAUGUAUCAUAAAUCUUUAAUGGAUGUUUGAAAACUA